UAUACGACUUAUAAAAUUAAUAAACAAACAAAACCCUAUUUUUUAUAAUUUGAACUAUUUGAAGACACACCAUAAUAAAAAAAUGAUUUAAUAAAAUAAUGAAAAUGAAUACUCCAACUUCCGAAUGCAUCUACCACGAGAAGCAAGUUCGAGAGCUCUGCGCCCUUCACGCUCUUAAUAAUCUGUUUCAGAGCAAGGAUGCAUUCACAAAAGGCGAAUUAGAUUGUAUAUGCCAUAAUCUUAGUCCAGAAAACUGGAUAAAUCCUCACAAAUCCAUGUUGGGGCUAGGGAACUAUGAUGUUAAUGUUAUUAUGAGCGCUUUACAGUCUAGAGGAUAUGCUAUGAUUUGGUUUGACAAGAGAAAAGACCCAAGCUGCCUGAAUUUAGGAAACAUAGCUGGAUUUAUACUUAAUAUUCCUACAGAUUACAAAUUUAGUUUUAUAACUUUACCUUUAAAAAGAAGACAUUGGAUUUCUUUAAGACGGUUUAACGGACUUUAUUAUAAUUUAGAUUCAAAGCUGGAUGUGCCUCUACUUAUUGGAACAGAAGAAGCUUUGUUAAAUUUUGUCAGGACCGAACUAGACUCGAAGGAUAAAGAAUUAUUUGUUGUUAUGAUAAACGAUGUUGAAAAAUCACAGAGUUGGUUGAAGGAAAAAUCAAACUACGAUAACAAGAUUGUCGAUUCAGUUAACCGGGAUGCUGAAGAAGUUUUGAUUAGUGAUAUAAAUUUAAUAACCACUGAGCUAUGAAGAUUUCCUAUGACGGCCGAAAAUGGAAUUAUUUAUUACCUACUUGAUGAAUUUAUGUUGCACUUUGUUCAAAUUUAAAUGUUUGUUGCUUAUAAUUUGAUUAAUAAAAUAUAAUUAUUGUUGAA